AAAUCUAGUAUUCCACAAACUGACAUCGACGCAGGACACGUUUUGCAAAAUGUUGUGCCUAUUUUUUGCUUUAUGUGUACUGAGACUGGCUACAGCCGACAGUUUCACUAUAAUUCUUGAUACAACAUAUUCCAUGCGUGAUGAUGUUGAGAUCUUAAAAAGCAACUUGAGGUCGGUAGUGGACGCGCUGCGCUUGAGUCCACACGUUGAAGAGUUUAUACUCGUGCCUUUCAAUGAUCCGGAUGUCGGCCUGCCAGUGAUAACGAAGGUUCCCGAAGAUUUCUUGGGUGCAAUCAACUCGAUAAGGACAAGUGGAGGGACAGACUGCCCUGAAAACACCCUCGCUGGCAUCAGAAAGGGCCUGGAGAUUAGUAAACCUGACUCCAAUAUAUUCGUCUUUACUGACGCAUUCGCAAAUGAUUUCAACCAAGUUUCGGUCGUCAAAGGUCUUUGCAGAACUACAAGAAGUAGGGUAACCAUAUUCCUAAGCGGGUUCUGUGAGGCGAGGGAAGGGACAGUGGAAAUAUAUAAAAACAUCACUGACCAUUGCUCCGGAGCUGUGUUUCAAUUAGGCCUAGAUAACUUUAGAAAGGCAUUCCAGCUUAUGAAGGAAAUUACGAAAGUGGAAUGGAAUAGAGUUCAAAACUAUAGUCCCCUCACUGACCCAUAUGAAUUCCAGAUUUCAUUCGAUACUUUCACGUCAAACGCGAUGGUGAUGGCAUCGGGAAAAGGCGCGUCGGUGACAAUCCACGGCUGUUUCGAAUGUGAAGAUGUGUUGCGGGACCCGAAGUCAUUUCACAUUCUUCGAGUGAGGCCGUAUCUUGGCACAUUCAGAGCUACAUUAAGGUGUGAAACCUGUACUUCUCUAGCUGUUUACAAGAGACUUGAUCUAAAAUUCAGUUAUGGAUUUUCAACUAGACCUGUUAAAAAUUUAAAAGAAACUACUCAGAAACCCAUACCAGGCAUAGACAACUACAUAACAAUAUUUGUUGACAACGAGUCAAGCGUGAGCGUAAACUCUAUGGAGCUACAGUCUGAUGGAAGCCCCGUAUCGGAACUCCAGCUAAGCCAGGUGUCUCCAGGGAAUUAUUAUACCACCGCCUACAUUUAUGCUGGCAAGCGUUACCGAAUUAUAGUUAAAGGAUACGACACAACAACAUCCCAACAGUUGACGGGUUCAUCAAAUAUUUUGCAACCACAAACAACAGGAUUCGCCCCAGCUUCAAUGUCACCAGCGAUAGAAAUCAUAAAGCCAGACAAUACAUUACUAGAAUAUGGCGCGAGUAUUACAUUGGCCAGUCGAGUAACAGCUUACCCCAAACCUGACAUCUGGUGGGAGGAUGAAAACGAAAGAAAACUGAACUCGGACAACAUUCUUUUGGAAACUCCAGCCAUAUACAUAAGCUAUAUAACUACUAACGUUAUAUCGAAUACGACAUUGUUUUGUAAAUCAAAAAAUUACGACGGCGAAGCAUCGCAAGAAAUAAGUUUAUUUGUGAAUAGAACUGCCAUUUUGGAAUUUGUACAAAAGCCUAAAGAUCAAACUAUUGAAUACGGUAAAGAAGUUAAGAUUCAUUGCGAAGUGAAUUCAUAUCCUGAAGCGUCCAUAACAUGGUACCACAACGAGACACUGCUGGAAGAUUCCGACAAUAUAAAAAUAAAUAAUGAUGAUAAUGCCCUUGUUAUACAAAAGAUGGGCUUGGAAGAUGUCGGGGAUUAUAAAUGCGAAGCCGACAAUAAAGUUCAGACGAAGUCUGUGACUGCUGUAAUUGAAAUUUCGGAUUUAGAAUAUCCUGAAAUGGCCACGGAUACGUCAGAGAUUUCUAUAAAACUCGGGAGACAAGCUAGCAUUAAGUGCAGCAUCAUAAAAGGCAAGCCAACUCCAGAGGUGACCUGGCAAUACAAAUCCGAUGACAGUGAUGAAUUUGGCGAACUUCCAACAGACCUUUCUAGUUCUACUGACGAUAAACCCACAAGAAGCAAACGUGACUUUUUUGAUUAUUUGGCUGGUAGUUGGGAUACGAAAGAAGAAAAGUCCAAUGAUAAAUCACUAACACUUAAUACUAAUAAAGCUGGGACAUAUCAAUGCAAAGGUAGCAACAUUCUUGGAGAAAAUGCCAAAGAAAUAGUGGUGAAAGUUCAAGUUCCACCAGAAAUUCGCAACAAUGAAGAUGAAAUUAUUACCGUUAAAAAGAAUAACAGAGUAGAGUUGUCAUGUGAAGUGAGUGGUACUCCCCGGGCUAGUGUACGAUGGGAGAUCUCCCAUGGUGACGACUUCGUGCCUCUCAGUGAUAGACAUCACAUUGAUGAUAGAAACACAUUGAGAUUUAACGCGCUUCAGAAGGAUUCCGGAGAUUAUCACUGCAUAGCUGAAAAUGAAUUUGGAAGAGCUGAGAAGAGAUAUUCCGUCAUUGUGCUUGUGAGACCUUACAUCGAAGCACCUGAACCAAGAGUGGUGAACACUGCAGUUGGUUCGACUAUAUCAUUGCCUUGUAACGUUCAGUCCGGCAGUCCACCACCUUCGACCUGGUGGGAGUUUAGUGCACCUGAUUCACCACCAACCACUUUAUCAAGAGGUAAUUCAACAAACGUGCUGGUUUUGAGACGUGUAACUAAAGCACAAGAGGGAUCAUACAGGUGCAUCGCCCGAAACGACCUAGGUGUUGACAGUAUUCAAAUAAUGGUCAACGUUCAAUAAAAUAUUUCAAUGUUUACUUUCUACAUAUUUAAAACUUCUGCUUGUCUAUAUUUAUAGACAUUUGUUAAGUACAAAUUUAUGGACCAAUAAAAAUAAUAUAAGUACAAAAUAA